CGCAGCAUGGUAACAAUCUACGUGAGCUGCAUCUCAUUUACAGCUGGAAGUGGGUGACAUGCAGUCAACAGCUGCAUUUCCUGUUGCAUGAAAUUAAACUUGUUUUUGCACAGCUGUUUAGCUUGUGUAUUUUCUAAACAACGUUGGAUAUGAAAAGACCUCCGAACUUACUUUGUCAACAACGGGCUGUUUGCCACUGAAACACCGACGGAUGUGACUGGUGGAUUUGUGAGGGCUGUACGGUUUAAAAAGCCUCGGGUUAUGCUCGGUCCACAGUUGAUAUGCACGCGCCCAGCCGGCCGGACUACGUGUCUAUCCACUUCACUGGACAACAGCCUGGGAGCUACAAUAAUGGCAAGCAGUGGAGGAGACAGUCGUACUGGAGGAAAUGGAAGCAGCUGUCCAGGCUACAGCGGAGUCUUUUCCUCUUCAUGCUUGUACUGCUUUUCAUCUGUGGCCUGGCUUCCUAUUCUUCUGUUACCAAGCAGCUCCGAGGUUUUACGGUGAGAGAGCAGGAGACGGAGAGUAACAUCCUUCUGAAACCCAUCAAACCUCAUGUGCUGCCGGAGCCUGUCAAACAGGGCCAAGAUCCGCUGGCUGAACAGCCCUCUCAGAGGAAAUUAUCGAAUAAGAGAGGUCCUCCUGUGCUUCCAAACCGUCUUCAGAAGAAAGGAAACGCAUCUAAUAUCCUGUCUGAAGUCAAGGCAGCUGACAUCAAGAAGGAGGGAGAGGAGGAGAGAGUCAUCAGCUGGCGUGGGGCGGUGAUCGACACUGUCCAGGCCACAGAAGGUGCCAAAGAUGGAGAAAACAAGGAGGACUCUCCUGGAAACCGGAAUAUCAACCAGUCAAAAGUUUUAGAGACAGAGCGGAUGGAGGCAGUGCGGGAAUCUUUCAGACAUGCCUGGAAAGGUUACAAAGAAUAUGCCUGGGGCCACGACGAGCUCCGGCCCGUCUCCAGGUCCUACAGCGAGUGGUUCGGGCUUGGCCUCACGCUGAUCGAUGCCCUGGACACCAUGUGGAUCCUGGAGCUCAAGCAGGAGUUUGAAGAAGCCAGGGAAUGGGUUGCCUCAGAGCUCACCUUCAACAAAAAUGUUGAUGUUAAUCUGUUUGAAACUACCAUCCGGAUUCUGGGAGGCCUGCUGAGCACCUACCACCUGACCGGAGACAACCUCUUUCUGGACAAAGCUAAAGACGUUGGCUCCAGGCUGAUGCCAGCCUUCAACACACAGUCCAAGAUUCCCUACUCUGAUGUAAACAUCGGGAAAGGCACCGCCCACCCGCCUCGAUGGACCUCUGACAGCACUGUGGCUGAAGUUACAAGCAUUCAGUUGGAGUUCAGGGAGCUCAGCCGGCUCACCCAGGACCCUCAGUACCAGACGAAGAAUGGCACGCUGAAAACCGUGCACGGCCAGAGUCAACAGGACUUGGAAACAAAGUCCCGGGAAGUAACUUCUUCGCUGGGCCAGCGCCUAGGUCCGACUUUGUCUGUCAACGGCGGAUUGAAGAGAUCCAACCGGACAAGACGAACCGACAGAAACAGGGACAGUCUGGACAACUCAAGAUCCAAGGAAACAGGAAACUGCAGAGCGAGUAAGAGGGGGGAGGGAGGAUUGCACCCCAGCGACGCCAGAACCAGGAGGAGGAGGGAGAAGUGA